CACGGGCGGACUGACCAUUCGGAAACUUGGGCACUGCCCAAGGGUCCUGGGUCAGUAAGGGGCCCCAUGAGAUGCCCCUGGUACCUUUCAUAUGCUUUUUUGGGUGUGGUUUGAGUUUGGGCAAGCACACAGGGGCCCCAUGAUCCCCUAUUGCCCGGGGGCCCCAUGAGUUGUCAGUCCACCGAUGUUUGCACCCAUACAGAAUUUAAAAUUUUGCACUGUAAAAUGCAAUUAUUUUGGCAGAGCAUGUGCAAAAUUCAUGUUGUAGCAAACAAUGCCCCUGGUACCUUUUUCAUAGGCUUUUUUGAGUUUGGACAAGGACACAGGGGCCCCAUGAUCCCCUAUUGCCCGAAGGCCCUA